ACUAAAAGCAAUUGACCUUUUAUAACACGUGUAAAGGGAAGAUUUUUAUUUUUAUUUUUAUUUAUGAUGGAAGUGAAAAGGAAGGUUUCGAAAGUAAAUUUUCACAUUUCAGAUACAAUGUUUAACUUAAAUUUCACUUUAAACCCUAACUCCACUGUAUUUAACCCCAAAAUUCCCAAAACACAACCACUUCCCCUCUUCCGGUCGUCGGAACGCAGAUCGUAGUAAAUUCAACUUCGAUCAGUGCUAAAGGAAAACAAUGUCAGUUUGGCAGUUUGAAUUCACACUUGAUACUCCUCAAAGGUUUACAAUGUGCGCAUUCCAAAUCGUAUGACUAAGGAGGUUCAAGAAAUAUGGGUUAAGAAGGGUGUUAUAGAUGGUGUGUUACGUCUUCAUUGCAGUACUGAGAUCAAAGUGUACCCCGUCCAGUUUAGACAUGUGUUUACUGGUCUAGGAAAGUUUGAAACUAUUUUAGGUGAAGGAUGGAGGGAGUAUGUCACCUCAAACAGUUUACAAAUGGAAGACCGCAUCCAAUUAGUGUUAGAGGACAACGAUGGAAUGCUUUAUCGGGUUAGGAUUUGGCAUGACGAGAAGGAAAUUACAGUAGUGGACUCAAUGGAGUAUGUGCCCAUGGAGGUUUUUUUUUUAAACCACCCUCUUUUGAAUUCACAUUCUCCAAGGGUUACAUUGACAAACCUGGAAUCUGCAAUUCAGAACAUUCUUUUACCCUUCGAUCGAGCACAUUUCCACAGUCUUAAAGACCGGACUCCAGUAGAAUUGUAUGUCACCUGGUGGUGGAAAACAACAAUGCGCAUUAAGUUUGACACAAACAAGAAGAUUGUAACUUUCAACGUCAAGAAAGGAGUAUCGGAAAUGAUUGCAGGUGAAGUGGUUGAACUCAGUGAAAAGUCUUUGGUUGAGUUAGAAGGUAUGGAACCCCUGGUAUUAAGCAUUACAUUUACUUGAUCCUUCUAAGUUAACAAGAUGGUUUCUUUUUGUAAUUUGGCUAUUACUUAUCUAGUUGCAAGUUUAUGACUCAAUGGAUCAUGGGAUUUUGGUUGUGCAUAUUAGGACAUGAUCCUUUGCACUUGUUAUUAUUAUUAAUGGCUAACUAAAUGUAAAGUAUUGUACUGCUUGGUUGGAUGCUUUUGUUUGUGCAUUUUAAGACAUGAUCAUUGCAA